AUGUCAUCCUCAGCCCAUUUUACUGAAUCUGGGAGUUUCCAACGUCAGUCCGAUGAGUUUGCUACCUGGCUGGCUAGUAGACCCGGUGUCAGGGUGAAUUCAAAGAUUCUUAUCGCGGAUUUAAGAGGGAACGCUGCCGGAAGAGGUGUCGUCGCUCAGGCCGAUAUUCUCGAAGGCGAAGAGCUUUUCACAAUUCCCCGCGGUCUCGUUCUCUCGACUUACAAUUCGAAGCUGAAGGAUCUUCUUCCCCAAGACGUGGAGGAACUUGGCCCAUGGCUGUCGCUUAUCCUAGUGAUGAUCUAUGAGUGUCUCCUAGGCGAUCAGUCUGCCUGGGCCCCGUACUUUAAGGUUCUUCCCCAAAAUUUCGACACCCUGAUGUUCUGGUCACCGUCCGAGCUUCAAGAGCUUCAGGGAAGUGCGAUUGUCGACAAAAUCGGAAAGCAGAGUGCAGAGGAAUCUAUUCUUGAAACGAUAGCCCCAAUCAUACGAUCUAAUCCUUCUCUUUUCCCGCCCAUUGGCGGUCUGCCUUCGUACGAUGGUGAUGUCGGCGCCCAAGCCCUUCUUCACCUUUCCCACAUCAUGGGUUCGCUUAUUAUGGCCUAUGCGUUCGAUAUCGAGAAGCCUGAUGACGGGGACGACGAGCGUGUUGGUGAAGAUGGAUAUUUGACUGACGAAGAAGAUGAACAAUCAUCCAAGGGUAUGGUGCCUCUCGCAGACAUGUUGAACGCAGACGGAGACCGGAACAACGCCCGUCUAUUCCAGGAAGAAGAUUCCUUGGCUAUGAAGGCCAUCAAACCCAUCAAAGCAGGAGAAGAGAUUUUCAACGACUACGGAGAGAUCCCCCGUGCUGAUCUUCUGAGACGCUACGGCUAUGUGACAGAUAACUACGCCCCUUACGAUGUUAUUGAAUUAUCACUCAGUCAACUCUGCAACGCGGCCAGCCUUCAAAAUGCCAGCAUCGAAAGUCAACCCUCCCUCCAACUUUUAGAAUCCCUAGAACUCCUUGAUGACGGAUACGCCAUUCCCAGACCUUCAUCCAAGGACUCGCUGACAGAUAUCCUCCCGGAUGAGCUUCUCUUACUUCUCAAGACCCUGGCAUUGCCGGUCGAGGAACUCGCGCGCCUCCAGCAAAAACAAAAGCCCCCGAAGCCAUCAUUCGGACAACCAGAAGCAAGAAUUCUCUCUAGAGCAAUCCAGCUCAACCAAUCUCAAUACGGCACAACAUUGUUGCAAGACCAAGAACUCCUGGCCCAGCUCAAGCAGUUAGAAGCCACCUCCGGCCCUGCCGAGGGAUCUACCCGACGACUAAAAAUGGCCAUCCAAGUUCGACUCGGUGAAAAGGAGAUCCUCCAGGAUCUCUCUGCCAAACUCGACGCCUAUCUAGCCAAUUCCGCUCCAGCUGCUCACAAAAGAACCGCGAGCGGGGAUGACCACGAUUCGCGGAGAACAAAAGCGCAAAGAACCUAGUCCAUCGUCCUCGAUUUUCCGAUAUACUCUAUAAUACCAGGCGUGGGAAAAAGUUUUCUUUUUUUGCGUUUUAUUAGAAUUGAUUAAUUAUUGUUUUUUUUUUCUUCGUUGCUGACCUCAUAGCUCCGCUAUCCGUACAUGAUUCUAUCGACCCAUCCAUCCAUCGACUGCAGGGGAAAUAAAAAAAAAAAAAUUCAGAGCAAGAGAGAAAAAGAAAAACUGGCUAUGUACACUAACAUUCGCAUAAUCCUAGGUCGUUAAAAAAGGGAUAAGAUAACCAU